AUGUCUCUCCAUAAAACUGCCCGGAUCAUUUCUGUCAUUGCAGGGACGCUGGUCGCCCUGUCAUGCGGAACAAAUUAUGCAUACUCCGCAUGGGCACCGCAAUUCGCCCAAAAGAUGAAGCUCUCGUCGACUGAGAGCAACCUGAUUGGUGUUGCUGGAAACUUGGGCAUGUAUGCCAUGGGAAUUCCUAUGGGCCUAUUAACUGAUGCGCGGGGCCCAAGACUGGUCACGCUGGUCGGUUCGAUCGCUCUGGGUCUGGGAUAUUUCCCGAUCUACUCCGCAUAUGAACAUGGCGAGGGAUCCAUGCCGAUCAUCUUCCUAUGCCUAUUUACGUUCCUGACCGGUAUGGGUGGCUGCGCUGCCUUUGGUGGUGCUAUUAAGACAGCGGCAUCCAACUUCCCCGAUCAUCGUGGCACAGCUACGGCUUUCCCGCUGGCGGCCUUUGGACUCAGUGCUCUGUUUUGGUCCAACGUAUCCACACUCAUUUUCAAGGAUGAUACCGGCCGCUUCCUAUUGCUCUUGGCCCUCGGUACCUCCAUCUUGUCCUUUGCAUCCAUUCCAUUCCUGCGAAUUCUCGUCUCGGAGCCCUACUCAGCUGUCCCACACAACGCAGCUGAGUCCAAUAGGCUACACCAUCCCACGGAUCUCCGAUCUGUGCCAGAAGAUGUUGAAGAUUCUGGCCUACAUGGCUCAACCGCCUUCGAGCAUGGGCAACACCCCGCACACGCACGAUCCCAAUCAAACGUCUCAAACCACGGCAGACCAUUGAACCCUGACGACGAGACAUCCUCCCUGGUCUCGAAGAACGACCAUCCCCGGCCAUCCUUUGACACUCUAGAUGACGAUUUCCUGGACGAAGUAGCCGACGAGUCGCACCACCUCGACAUCAGAGGCUUAGCAAUGCUGAAGCGCGUCGAAUUCUGGCAACUAUUCCUCACGAUGGCGCUCCUCUCCGGAAUCGGCUUAAUGACAAUCAACAAUAUCGGCAACAGCGUCAAAGCCCUAUGGCUCUACUACGACGACAGUGCCACAGACACAUUCAUCCAACACCGCCAAGUCAUGCAUGUCUCAAUCCUCUCGUUCGGCAACUUCCUCGGCCGCCUUUUCAGCGGCAUCGGCUCAGACCUGCUAGUCAAGAAACUCGGCAUGUCCCGCUUCUGGUGUCUCUUCAUCUCAGCCGUCGUUUUCACCCUAACCCAGCUGGCUGGUACGUCAAUCUCAAACCCAAACAGCCUAGUUGUCGUCUCAGGUAUGACCGGUAUCGCCUACGGUUUCCUCUUCGGCGUCUUCCCUUCUCUUACUGCUCACACCUUCGGUAUUGGCGGUCUAUCCCAGAACUGGGGUGUUAUGACCCUCGCCCCUGUGUUCAGUGGUAAUAUCUUCAACAUUCUCUACGGAAGUAUCUACGAUGGUCACUCCGUUGUAGGGAAGGACGGUGACCGGGAAUGUCCCGAUGGUCUGGGCUGCUACCGCUCGGCUUAUUUCAUGACUUUCGUCUCGGGUAUCUUCGGUAUCGCCGUCUGUCUCUGGAGUAUCUUCCGCGAGCGCUCGAUACAUAAUGCCAUGAACAGAAAGGCCGGUCACCGACUUGCGUGA